UCUAAAAAUCAGUAUUGAUCCUACGAGCUCGUCCGACAGACACCAUCAUCAUAAUAUAUUAUACCGAUAUAAUACCUAUCACAACAACCUUCAUCGUCGUAUAGACAGUCACAGCAAAAGUUUAAGAGUUUCAUUACCUGCAGCAAAAAAUCAUGUCUGUCUCUAAAGUGGUUCUGCGUUUCGCCGGAAUAACGGCUCUGUUGAUGGUGGCGAGCUGCUUUGCGCAGACGGUGCAGCCAGCAUCCGUUCAGAUCGUCUCCACUUCGCCCGCACCGUCGUUGUUGCCGUCGCCAUCUCCUUAUUUUAACGGCUUCAGACCGAACGGAGUGUACCCGCAACAGUUCAACGGAGUGUACCCGCAACAGUUCAACGGAGCGUACCCGCAACAGUUCAACGGCGUGCUGCCGCCACAGUUCGCUCAGCGGUUCUACAACAACGGACAAAACCCAGCGUACAACGGGCAGUUCGUGCCGAUCUUGCAGCAGUCGUUCGACAUCUCUCCGGAGGGCAGUUACACUUUCAGUUACCAGUCCGCCGACGGAACUCAGAGACAGGAAUCGGGAGGUCUGAGGUAUCCGGCCGUACAAGGAUACCCGCCAGUGAUGGCCGUCCAAGGAUCGUACUCCGCUAUAACUCCAGAAGGAAUUCCAAUUGAAGUUGCAUACGUAGCUGAUGAAAACGGAUAUCAACCAACCGGACCUGGAGUCCAUCCGGCCAUUCAACGAGCAGUAGCCCAACAAGUGGCCCAAGCCAAAUUAGAACCACCACAAUUCAACAAAUAAUACUGCUCGUAAUGACUCAAAUGUAAUAAUAUGAUUCCGAUCCCGAAAUUUGUAAAAACUUUAAUUAAAGUCCAAUAAAGCGAUAUGUAAAUU